GAUGAAGAGCCUUCGUCAAACUUCACACCCGCGCCCCUCCCAAUCCUCACAAACCAGCCCCAACGCCACCUAGAUUCCUGCCUAACCCUCUCUCUCCCUCUCACAAAAGCCCUGCACGCCCAACUCCCGUCGGCGCCGGACCUUACGCUCUCGAUUGGUAGUGGGACAGGGCUUGUCGAAGCUCUGCUAGACUCUCUCGCCGAGUUCCAGGACCAAGAUCCCCAGGCUUUUGGUGCUCUCCAGGGUUCUCAGGAUAUGCAUCGGCCGCUCAACCUAACCAGCAUCGAAAUCGCACCAAGCCCAAAUAAAUACCACGCCAACCACCGCAUCGUCCCGGGCACAUGGGCCCUCGACCCGGCUGCGAUGGAUGCAAAGGCGUGGAUGUUUGUGUAUCCGAAGCAAGUAGCUCUUGUGAGGAAGUAUAUGGAGGCGUUUGCUGCUUCUAGCGUGAGAGGGGCCGUGGAGAAGGUGGUGUAUGUCGGUCCACGAAUGGAUUGGGAUGAUUUCCGGGGUGCGUUGGAGCCAUACGCGGAGGAUGUUGAGGUUUGGGAGGAGGAGAGGAUGGAGGGUGUUGGGGGGAUGGGGUGGGAAUGUGUUGUUGUUGUUAGG